GUCCGGCGGCCCGGCAUGGCGGCUGCGAGGCAAGUGCUGUGUGUGUGGGCUUUGCUGGGCGUGGCGCGCGUUCGCUGCGAGCCCAUCCGCUACUCCGUGGCCGAGGAGGGCGAGAGCGGCUCUCCGGUGGGCGACGUGGCGGAGGACGCGGGGCUGGCCCCGGCGCAGCUCUCGGCUCGCCGGGCGCGCAUCGCCUCGCCGGCCGGCCGGCAGCACUUUCGCUUAGAGCGCGGCAGCGGCCGCCUCGUAGUCGCCGAGCGCCUCGAUCGGGAGGAGAUGUGCGGACGCUCCCGCACCUGCACGCUCGCCUUCGAGCUGCUGCUCGCCGACCCGCUGCAGUUCUUUCCCAUUGAGGUGUCCGUGGAGGACAUCAAUGACCACUCGCCGGUCUUCCCUGACGAACGGGUGACCUUUAAGAUUCUGGAAACCAGCGAACCGGGCUCCCGUUUCCCUGUGGCAGCAGCUCAGGACCUGGACAUUGGCAGCAAUGACAUCCAGGUUUACAGCAUCGUUCCUGAGAACGAGUUCUUCACUGUCUCCUAUCAGAAUCAAAGUGAGAGCGAGAUGCAUGUCGACCUUGUUUUGCAAAAGCCUCUGGACAGAGAGGAGCAGCCAGAGAUGGAUUUCACUCUCGUUGCCACGGAUGGGGGCUCUGCACCGAGGAGUGGAACCACCCAAAUCCACAUCAUAGUUCUGGACGUAAACGACAAUUCUCCCAUCUUCACACAGAAGGUGUUCAGUGGGCAUGUUUUGGAAAAUGCUCCAAAGGGUUUUGUGGUUCUCAGAGUGGUGGCAAAUGAUGCUGAUGAUGGAAUAAAUGGUGACAUUACAUAUGAAUUUUCACAACCAGGUGGACAGACGUAUUCAGAUUUUACAGUUGACCCCAGGAGUGGUGAAAUUCGAGUCACGAGAAGUCUGGAUUUUGAGACUGCGCAGAAAUAUGAAUUCAGUUUGAGGGCCGUGGAUGGAGGGGGCCUUUCAGCAAUGUGCAAGGUAGUGGUGGAGGUGAUGGAUGUGAAUGACAACGCACCAGAGAUCGUGGUCAGUUCCUUCAGCAGCCCGAUCCCUGAGAAUGCAGCACCCGGGACAGUGGUCGCACUCUUCUCUGUCACCGACAAGGAUUCCGGUGUGAAUGGGGAGAUCAGCUGUGCCCUGGCAGAACAGCUGUCCUUCUCCUUGCGGCCAGCGUUUAGGAACUACUACGAGCUGGUGACCGUGAGCGCGUUGGACCGGGAGCAAACGGCACGUUACACGGUGGUUGUCACGGCCGCAGAUGCAGGGUCUCCUCGUCUGAGCAGCAGCCACACGUUCACCGUGGACAUCUGGGACGUGAAUGACAACGCGCCCGUCUUCAACCAGACGUCGUACACCAUGUACGUGCACGAGAACAACGUCCCCGCGCUGCUGGUCGGGGCCGUGCAGGCAAGGGACGCGGACGCGGGAGCCAACGGCAAGGUGAGCUAUUCGCUGGUGGCGGCCGAUCCGCCCGAACGAGAGCCGUGCUCGUGCGUGUCCGUGAACUCCGAGAGCGGAGCCGUGUUCGUGCUGCGGCCGCUGGACUACGAGCAGCUGAGGCAGCUGGAGGUGGUGGUGAGCGCUGCGGACGCGGGGUCCCCUCCCCUGAGCAGCAGCGUCGUCGUCCGCCUGCUGGUGGUGGACGAGAACGACAACGCGCCGCUGGUGCUGCACCCCAGCGCGCAGGACGGCGGCCGUGCUUGGAGCGAGCCGGUGCCCGCGUGGGCCGAAGCGGGGGACCUGGUGAGCAAAGUGGUGGCCGUGGACGCCGACUCGGGGCAGAACUCGUGGCUUUCGUACGGGCUGCUGAGGGCCACGGAGCCGGGGCUGUUUGCCGUGGGCGCGCAAAGCGGGGAGGUGCGGCUGAGGAGGCCGCCGACGGAGAGGGACGCGGCGAAGCAGCAGCUGGUCGUGCUGGUGCGGGACAACGGGCGGCCGCCGCUGUCGGCCACCGCGGCGCUCAGCGUGCUCCUCCUGCACGGCUCCCGGGACGCCGAGCUGCCGCAGCAGAGCCCCGCCGCGCACGACGACGACGGCUCCCUCACCGCCUCCUUGAUCGUCGCCUUGGUCUUGGUCUCGCUCCUGUUCCUGGUGUCGGCGGCGGCCUUUGCGGCGUGCAAGGCGUGCAAGAGCAAGGAGCCGAGUAGCGGGCACGUGCUGUACGGCCCCAGCGGCGUGCAGAGCUGCGUGGCUGAUGGGGCCGCUGCCGGGACCCUGCCCCACGCCUAUUGCUACGAGCUCAGCCUCAGCACGGGCUCGGGCAACAGCGAGUUCCAGUUCCUCAAGCCCGUGCUGCCCAGCCUGCCGGCGCAGCGCUGCAGCCCGGGGGUGGCCGGCGACGAUGCCGAGCAUUUCCCUGCUGUCCCUGUCCCCGUGGGGGAUGCUGAUGUCGAGAGCCCCGGCAUGCAGUCUGUGGGACAGUUUCACGGCUUUUAAUUAGCACUGGGUCUGCGCUUCCAGCUGAUCCAUGGCUUGUUGAUAGUAAUAAAUCUAAUUUGAUUGUUAACUCUAUUUCCCUGGGAUUAGCUCCGCAAUUGUAGUUUGCAUCCCAUUUCACAAGAAUGUUAUCUGUUCACUCUGCUCCCCUGAAAUUACGACCACAACAUCAUAUAACUCUGGACACCCUUCACACCCAAUCUGUGGGACAGCUUUCUGGGUUGUUCUUUAAUUAGCAUCUUAUCUGUACAUGCAGAGGUUUGAUGACUUGUGGUUCAUUGUGAUCUGUGCUGUGAUACCUCAUUAUAUUUUCUCCAGAGUCAAUGUACAUUUUCUCUCAGAAUGUCACCACCACACUCUUUGAGAACGCUUUUUUACUCUCCUCUUCAAUAUAAAAUCAUUAAACGAUAUCUAAUAAUUUUUCUCUCUUGUAAGCAGACAUAUUUUCCAUCUGUUUUGUGACCUUUUCUGAUAUGCUUCUGAAAUGUGUUUAUUUCCUUGUUAUCCCACUAAUGUCUUGACCCAUUUGCUGCUGUAUGAAGCUACAGACCUCACAAUUUCUUACUCAGUUCUGGAACAAAACUGUGAGACUGGGCACAUAAAUCCUCUGCUCUGGACAAUGCAGCAUAGCCUACCUGCCAUGUCAGCUGGGCAAGGAAGCUGUGAAGUUUGUGUUACAUUGCAGUGUAUUACUGUCUUUCUUUGCUGGAUUACAGAUCUCUUUCUCUCUGAGAUUUGUAGUUUGCCUUCAAUGUCUUCCCAUGUAACAGUUUUUUCUACAUGAAUUGCACUAAGGCUUCCCAAGAAGUUGCUCUCAUCCACACAUUAUGAUAUGAGCUCUUGCAUAUUAACUAUCAAAAUGGGUCGUUUCUCUGAGUCCAACAUUUCUCUAAGGGAGAGUUAAAAACUGCACAAAAAGUCUAUAAAAGGUGUCUAUAGAAGGUGGAUGAUGUGUCUCCCUUGGGUUGCCUCAUACUAUAGCAGCGCUGAUAAUGUUGGGAUGAGCCUUACUCAACUGUGCAAAUAUGUAUAUUGUGUUUGGAUGCAUUCUAGGACAAGUCCACGAGUUGCCUCAUAGGGCACGGAAGUCACUACCAAGAUGAAUGUGUGCAACCAAGGCCCUUCCUCUUUGGCCUUCAUUCCUGUUUGCUGAGGCUUCUCUAUGUGAAAAUCUACUAUGAUAUGAUUUUCCAGGUUUUUCUUACAACUCUAGCAUUCUCUCAGUUUUUUUCCCCCUUUUUCUUUUACAAACUCAGUUUUAACUGUCUUAUCUAUUCCCUUUAAGAAGUACUGUCACCCUACAUAUAAUAAUUGAUUAUUGGGAUGAUAUGUGGUACAGCACUAACUAUUUGGAAACUCUCAUUGCCGUGUUGAGCUGAAGUUAUAAACUGUGUAUUUGUAAAUCAAGAUGAUCCUGUCUGUAAUACUGAAAUAAAAAAACACCCGAGUGCCAUUCUUUCAAUAAAAGUUGU